UUUGCAGGCGUUGUGGCAGAUCGUCUUAUCACAUUCAAAAGUCCCGAUGUGCACAGUGUGGAUACCCAGCUAAGAAGAUGCGUUCCUGUAAGUUUCCCAAAUAAAAACAAAUCCUUAAAUACUAGUACAGAGAAGUGACAAAUAGAUUCAGUUUGAUUGGUUUUGAGAGGAGAAUGCAUUGUAAUUUAGAUUAUUUUUGUGAGACAACUGAUCCAUCCAAGCCAAGAGGAGGAAGACCACUGGUACUGGACGUAUGCAUCAGCUUAAGAUCGUUCGUCGCAAGUUCAAUUGAACAAGUAAAAACGGAGCCCCCCCUACGACCGGACCACUGCGGGAGCUAUAUAGAAUGUUUCUCCCGGAUCAUCAACUGCGAAUUGGAUUCUGCCGACGAGUAUACCAGUCUGAUGGACGCCCACGUAGCAGAGAGCAGGACUGAUAGCACAGGUCUGGUGACUGAGAGAAAGAAACGAAAAUCGAGAACAUCCGGGAGUGAGGAGGUUGACACCCUACCAGAGGUUCGCAUUGAAAAUCCCGGCUCCUCUGCCUUUUUCUCGGCCUCCAGGGCUCCCGGUAAUCCCCAGUCUUCAGGAGUUGAUCCAGAAGACUACCAACAAGAAGAUGAAGAAGAGGAACUGAAGUAUGGAGCUGCCCACGUAAUAAAACUUUUUGUACCGGUGUCGCUGUGCAUGUUGGUGGUGGUUGCAACCAUCAGCUCAAUUACGUUUUAUACGAAGAAAGAUGUCUACCUCGUGUACACGCCCUUUCACGAUGACACCGAUGAUACAAGCACAAAAGUUUGGCAAGCUCUUGCCAAUUCUCUGAUUCUUCUCUGUGUCAUCGUUUGCAUGACAGUUGUCCUCAUUAUUCUGUAUAAAUACAGAUUUUACAAAGUUAUUCAUGGAUGGCUGAUAAUAAGUUCUCUUAUGCUGCUGUUUAUAUUCACAACUUUGUACUGCGAGGAGAUACUCAAGGCUUACAAUAUUCCAAUGGACUUGAUUACCCUAGUUAUUAUUUUAUGGAAUUUCGGAGCGGUCGGGAUGAUCUGUAUUCACUGGCAGGGACCACUGGCUCUUCAACAAGCUUAUCUGAUAUUCAUAGCAGCACUGAUGGCUCUUGUAUUCAUUAAAUAUUUACCUGAGUGGACUGCCUGGGUGGUACUAGCUGUUAUCAGUUUUUGGGACUUAAUUGCUGUAUUAACACCCAAGGGACCCCUUCGGAUUUUGGUGGAAACCGCUCAAGAGCGAAACGAACCGAUAUUCCCCGCUCUUAUUUACUCUUCAACUAUUUUAUACAGUUUUACCGUUGCUUAUACUGGAUAUGUUGGAGCUGCAACGAUGGCAAGCGGAGAUACUGUUGAGGGAGAUGGUAUGGCCUCACCAGCACGUGCACAACUGCAAAAUCAAAAUAUCGCAGGGGAGAGGGAAGAGAGUGGAUUUACCACUGAAUGGGUUGAAAAUCAUGAAAGAGGAACCAGAAGGGCCCAACUGGUCACUGAUACCGUUGACACACCCAGAAGAACUACCCAACAACCCGUAACCCAUAAUCAGUCUCAAGGAUCACUUCCUGAAGAAGAACGAGGAGUUAAACUUGGACUUGGAGAUUUUAUCUUUUACAGUGUUCUUGUCGGAAAAGCCUCAAGUUAUGGAGAUUGGAAUACAACUCUGGCUUGUUUUGUGGCUAUUUUGAUUGGAUUGUGUUUGACACUACUUCUCCUUGCGAUAUUCAAGAAAGCACUACCUGCCUUACCAAUAUCCAUCACCUUCGGUUUGAUAUUCUACUUUGCAACUCGAGUAAUUGUAGCUCCAUUUGCCGAUAGUUUGGCUAGUGAGCAAGUAUUUAUUUAAUCUUAAGUUUUGUUAAAAUCAAAAGACUUGUUGGUAUUUCAUUUUGAACGGCAUUUAAUUACUGAUUUCAUCAUAUUACUUCACGCCACUUAAUUCAGUUAUUGGCUCAUUAAUGAAUUAAAUUCAAUAAUCAGUCACUUGUACAAAGCCAAUUAGAGAGAAUAGUGCGAGAUUAUUCUUUUUAUCGAUUGUAAAAUAAUUGGAACGCAUCAUUAAUGAUAUAAUCAAUUCAUUAAUCAUAACUUUGAAUUCAAUGUAUUGAUAUAAUAAUUGAUAAUUAAUAAAUGGGAAUUUUAUGAUAA